GUGUCAGAGUGUGGCUGCUUCAGUUUCUUGAGAAGAGAAAAAGAGGAAGCAGUUCCGCCCUCAGCAGCAGCCUGGAGGCCGAGGACUGAAGACACCACAGACCGCUUCAGACCCAAAACUCGGCCCGAAACACGGUGCCGGUCCGCAGGAAGCUGUCUCGGCUGUCGGUCGGUGUGUCUCCGGUGGGACUUUGGCCUCAGGUGUGUCUCUGAACGACGUGUCGGUGCGGUAAAGACUGUCUGUAGACCAUGAGCUCCAUGUGAACAAGUUUCGCUUCAUUCGACUUCUUCACCCUGGUCGUGGUCUCGGCUCGGAUCGGCGCUGUUUGCUGGUGAACCGCGGCACUCUGUAUCAGGCCCGGGAAGGUUUUUGGUCCGGAUCAAUCCCAGUUCAAAACCAGUAUGAGUGGCGAAGAGGAAAGAUUCAAACUGGUGGUGGUGGGAGGAGGGGGGGUGGGGAAGAGCGCCCUCACCAUCCAGUUCAUCCAGUCCUACUUUGUGUCAGACUACGACCCCACCAUCGAAGACUCCUACACCAAGAUCUGUACCGUUGAUGGAAAGGAGACCCGGCUGGACAUCUUGGGCACAGCAGGUCAGGAGGAGUUUGGGGCGAUGAGGGAGCAGUACAUGCGCUCAGGAGAAGGCUUCCUACUGGUGUUUGCACUCAAUGACCGAGGAAGCUACCAUGAGGUCCAGAAAUUCCACACCCAGAUCCUGAGAGUGAAGGACCGGGACGACUUCCCCAUGGUGCUGGUUGGAAACAAGGCUGACUUGGAACAGCAAAGAGUGAUCUCCAGGGAGGACGCUCAGGCCUUUGCCAGAGAGAACAGGAUCCACUAUAUGGAGGCUUCAGCCAAGAACCGCUACAACGUGGAUGAAGCCUUCCUGGAGCUGGUGCAGAUCAUCAGACGGUUUCAGGAGAUGGAGAGUCCUCCUCCUCCGGCUCGUCACUCAGGCAAACAGAACAGUGGCGGCUGUCCCUGUGUCCUCCUCUGAGCACUGUUACCAUGGACACCAUAGCCCUGCCCCUUUACAGCUCCACAGCUUGUCCAAAAAAGAGUGUUUGUCCGUGUCCGUUUUUGUGUGUGUGUGUGUGUGUGUGUGUGUGUGUGUGUGUGUGUGUCUGAGAGAGAGAGAGAGAAAGAGAGAGAGAGAGAGAUGAGGUGCAUAAUUAUCUUUUCAAAUGGUUUCAUUUGCACUUUUGCCAAAACUUUUAAAUGAGUCUUACCUUUUGUUUAGAUGAGAGGAUGUAAAGACCGACACCGACGCUGGUACUGAGACCGGUACUGAGACCAGUACUGAGACCAGUACUGUGUCAGUACUGAGACCGGUACUGAGACUGGUACUGUCCCUGUGGCCUGGAGUAAUAAUGACCUUACUGUACAUAGUAUCAUCGUGCCAUCAUGUAGAAAAGAGAAAAUGCUGCGUCCUGCAGGUACUGAUGUCAGCAGUGACAUCACUAGACUUCAGCUGACUGACAGGAAGUUAUUUCCACUUCUACGUCUUGACUGAACAAAAUUUGUCCAUAACAUUUCAACUUGCUUAUGAAGUGCGGCACGCCCAAACUCCAGGCAGAACAUGGAGUGCUGUCGUGCUCCUGCCGUUCUGCAGGGGGCAGCAGAGCCCACAGCACAGCUGAGGCUGCUUCCUGUCGCCUCCUCUCGUCUCGCCACAUGCAUGGCCUUAAGGAGACACAAUAUUGAAAACAUAAAUACCAGGCUGGCCAAUCACAUCAAGGGCCUGAUCAGGUUUACAUGAUCCAGGUCCAGACUGUUCCAGUUUAGGAACUCAGCCUUCACCAGCUGGAUGAGGACGAGUCUAAGUUUGAAUUAGAGACUGGACCAUUGUGCAGAGCAGUGUCCAUGACAACAGAACCUGUGUGUGUUUGCACAGUCCAGCCUCUGUGCAGGGACUGGGUUCUGGAUUCACUGGGUUCACUGGGUGUCAGUGGUUCUGGUGAUGGGUGGACUGGAUUCUGAUACUGCCAGGAUAGUCAGCAGUUUAACAAUAGGAUCCUGAUCCAGGUUCACUUACUAGACCUUUUAACUGCAUCUCAUGGUCUUCAUCAGCAGAGAGACUCAGUCAUGAUGAGAUGGUUCAUCACAUGACCCUUGACUCUGAUCAAACAUGGUCCUCCUUGAAUCUAACUCGAUGACCUUUGACCUCUUCCAGUAGAUUCUGGUGUGGUGUUUUGUCCUGAGUCCUCACUGUUUCACUGAUGUAGUGUUUCCCAUAGCUGUCACAUGUGACAUCAUCAUGAUGUCAUGGUGAUGUGAUAUGUCUGAGGAUGGAUCUGAUUGUUCACAGUGUGCUGCCUCAACCAGCCAGUAGAGGUCACUGCUGCAAAAAAAGAUUCACAUCUUCAAUCAGCUUUUCAGCAAUAAAAAAUGAGCUGAGGAUGAUCGACCCCCCCCCCCCCCCCUUAGUUCAGUAGAAACUCCUGUCAGUGUUCCCCAUCUGUAAAUGUUUCAUUUCACUUUUUAAUAUGCAGCCUGUUGUUCACAUCAUCUGUUUUAUACUGAAAUCAAUCACAUUUAUACAUCAUUAA